UCUCAGACGUCCAUUCAAGAUCUCAGACGUCCAUUUAAGAUCUCAGACGUCCAUUUAAGAUCUCAGAGUCCAUUUAAGAUCUUAGACGCCCAUUCACCUUUACAGUCUGUGACCCCAUUAAGGUAAGGAAGACUUAAUUAUUUGUUGAACUAGGAAUUAAAUUAAUGCAAUAACUCUUUCUUUUCUAAUAUAAUAUUUUCUUAGGCAUUCGUUUCUCUUCAUUGCUUUCUGUCCCAUGUCAUUAUGAAGCUCAUACUUUGUAAAGAUGGCGUCGGCUUGAUCCAGACUUUGCACUCAUUUAAUCCUUUGGCUUUUUUAAAUAUUUUGCCGCCUCCAGAAUAUUAUUAUGAUUAAUCAGAUCAUGAUGUGGUUUUUUUUUUGGUUAUGUAAGUCAAAAACUGGUAUUUGAUUGUUAUUUGGGGCACAAUCUGGUAUUUAAGGGUGUCAAUAGGUGAUGUGUUAUUUGAUGGGUAUUUUGGUAAUUAUCAGGUAUUUUAUAGUAAAUCAAGUCCCAUUGUGUUUCUUGAUUAUUAAUCAAGUUACAAACUGGUAUUUGCUGAUUUAUCAUGUCACAAUCUGGUAGUUGAUGGUUUAUCAUGUCACAAUCUGGUAGUUGAUGCAUAGUAAAUGUAAUGAAGUCGUUGUGUUUGAAAAUGAUGUUAUCCAGUAACUGAAGACCUGCCUUCUUAAAAGAAAAAAGUUACUAAACACCUGCCUUCAUAAAGCAGACAUGUGAUUUGAGUAAUUUAUAUCAAAUUAUAAUAAUGUUCAGACUAUCUAAACUGUAUUUAUUGAACAGAUGUCCAGUUUCCGUAUGUCAGCGUUAGUUUGCGUGAUGGCUCUAGGCUGUGGCAUCGUGGCUGGCGACAUGCCUGGACACAUCAAAAGUGUCAUAGAGGAGGCAGUAAGAGAGGCGAUAGAACGAGAAGAGGACCAUUGUCAACACAUCACACCACAUCUAGGUGUUGAGACUGCCAGGCUGACAAGGUAAUGGAUUUCGGGAAUUUAAAUCACCUAAAUCUUCAUAGAAAUAACUUGGGUAACAAUAAAACUUGACAGCUUUCCUAAAAUUUAACUUUUAAAAAUUUUGCUUGGCUUGCAAAAUUUUGAUUUGAUUGGCACUAAAUAUGCUAUAUUAUAUCAAGUUCCAUGAGUCAUGUUGUAUUUUUCAUGUUCUGUGUGUCAUGUUCUAUGUGGCAUGCUCUAUGUGUCAUGUUCUAAGUGUCAUGUUCUAUGCGUCAUUUUUGUGUCAUGUUCUAUGUGUCAUGUUCUAUGUGUCAUGUUGUAUGUGUCUAAUGCACAAAAUAAUUAGUUUAGAUUUUAAAAUUACACUUAAAAAGACGAAUAAGAAUUCGCAUGAUUUUAAAUUUAAUUGUUUUUUCACAUUAAAUUAAGAGGCCUUUUACAGCUUGACGACUUAUUAGUUUUAAUGAGGCAGGCCUUUUACAGCUUGACGACUUAUUAGUUUUAAUGAGGCAGGCCUUUUACAGCUUGACGACUUAUUAGUUUUAAUGAGGCAGGCCUUUUACAGCUUGACGACUUAUUAGUUUUAAUGAGGCAGGCCUUUUACAGCUUGACGACUUGUUAGUUUUAAUGAGGCAGGCCUUUUACAGCUUGACGACUUAUUAGUUUUAAUGAGGCAGAUUUGAAACAACUCUUUUCGUGUCUUACUUUUCUCUAAGACAUAAUCCCUUAACCCCAACGUAUGUUUUAAAUUUCAAAUUAGUUUAGAUUAACCUUGCUCCAUGACACUAACCAUCACAACAUUAUAUUGUUGGUGCCUCAAUCAAAUGUUAGAGUUGUUUCUAGAUCAAUCCGCCAAUACCCCCUCCCGACCCCCUCCUCCCCGUCGUUUCCAUACCGGAAUCAGUUUUCCCCCAACAGCUGUAGCUUUUAAGAUAAUUGUACUCAUGUCUUUUUUCAAAGCGGGAAAGAUAAUAUUGAAUAAGUAUGAGAUUACUUAAGGUAACAGAUUGAAGUUAUUUGUCAAACAUUACUUGUGACGUUGCUUCAUAGAAACCUGUUGUAAGGUUGUUGUUUUUUUAAACACUCAUUUAAUAAGCGUCUUCGCCAAUGAGAAAUGUGAGGACCUCUGCCCUUGGUGUUGGCUUUGUGUGCCUAAGCAGGGUGUAGAACAAUGUGAGAACUACUGUGAGUCACAAUGUGAUUUCAAGUAUCUGGAAGGUAAAUGUGAAUGUCGCUGUAGAAAUUGGAGAUAAAGAUACGAACUGACCUUAAACAGUGUCUAGUAGCACUAACUGACCUUAAACAAUGUCUAAUGGCCCUAAGUGACCUCACACAGUGUCUCGUAGCACUUAAUAACCUGACGCUGUGUCUAGUUGUAGUUACUGACCUGAAACGAUGUCCAGUAGCCCUAAGUGACCUAACCCUGUUUUAAGUAGCAAUACAAAUAUAAUUUCUUAUAUAAUUGUUAUGAAUAGCUUUCGUGUUUGUACGUAAAAUUUGUUGAAGCUUGUCACAUCAUUGGACAAUUCAUGAAAUGAGUAUUUCAUGGACAGCUUUUUACGCUUGAUAUGUGUUUGCAUAUGUUUGUAUGUCAGCUGUUUGUAUGAUAUGUUUGUGUGCCAGCUGUUUUUGCUUACUAGUUUCAUAACGUUUAUUUUAAUUCUAAUUAAAUUGAAGCCUCAAUUUUGCGGGUUUAUUUUUCUAACAAAACAGCCCCAAGAAAUAAACGCUCAAGUUUUGACGUCUGCAUUGAUAAAGACAACAAAGUUGACGUCAAACUGGCUCCUUUGGAAGACGGAGUCAACAUUGUCGGUGGACUUGUCAAUGGGGGUCUGGGGGAAAUAACAGACGCGUUGAAGGAUGCUGGUAACCUUCUAGCUGUUGAUAAACUGGUUGGUGAUUUGACCGGAAGUGAGGACGGAACCCUUGGUGGAUUGGGAAAGAUAGUGGAUACUUCUUCCUCCGCGAUCCCCGAAGAACUAGUGGAUGGUAUAAAGAAUGGCCUCCUGGACAAAGUUGCCGUCCCUGUGGUAGGAUCACUGUCCAGCAUUGUUAGCGGAAUCUUAAAGCCGUCGAGUACUGAUUCCAUUCUGGAAACUUUAACCGGAGGU